AUGAAGGUGAACGUGUGGGACCGAGUGAAGAUCCACUACACUGCGAGAAGGCAAGAUGGAACUGAGUUCGACUCGUCGAGGACGAAGAUGAAGCCGUUUGAGUUCACGGUGGGGCUGCAGGAAGUGAUUCCUGGCAUAGAGCGAGUGGUGCAGGAGAUGGAGGUGGGGGAGAGGAGAAAAGAGGUUUUCAAGCCCGAGGAAGCCUUUGGUCAGAGAUCCGACAGCCUCCUCCUCAAAGUUGCGUCAGGAACGAUCCCACCAGAUGUAAGC